GACAACAAAAUUCAGAAAUGGCGCUGCCCUUGAUUAAGACGAUUCGACAAGAUAUCUGUUUGUAUCGCCGAUUUCUUGUUUCUUCAUAUUUCACCGCAACGCGUAUAGUAAUGAAUAAUAAAUCUGCCACCGUCGAUGAAACACUUGCCAAAAACCCUUAUUUCGAAAAAUAUGCGUCGAAAAUAACUACAUUACAACAGAAUGAUCCGCAGAAGUUAGCUGAAAAGCUAGAGCAACUCACAAGUUCUAAAACUGUUUCUUCUAAAACGCCUGUAAGUGAAGUUAGCUCUAAGUUUUCUGCUGCUGCUCCCUGCCCCAAGAAACCAGAAGCCCAAGAUUCUAAGGCUAGAUUCAUGCACAGCAAAACCAAAGAAUUAAAUUCCAUAAUGAAGACUGAGCUUUUGGAGGACAAGAACUUUGAGGAAAUCAAACAAAUAUGGCAUGAAUACUUCAAAGAUAAAAUUUCAGUAUCAGGGGUGCUGACUAAACCAAUUUAUGAUCAGCUAAAUACUCGAGCCAUGCAAUAUCCCACAUUUCUCUUCCCACUACCGAGAGAUGAAGGAUAUGAAUUUCUACUAUGUCAGUUUGCGGGAAAUGAAGCUCACUUUACCUCGCUCAUCAAUUUUCAGCAGACUUACGGUGAAAACGCGCCAGAAUGUUUGACAGUGGUCUUCUUUCCCGAUUUGGCAGAACAGAAAAACAUCGUCCUAUUCCGAGGAGACUAUGAUAAGAAUAUUCUGAAUGCCAUUGAAGCACAGUGUUUAGUAAAUCAAAUAGUGCUCUACUUCGCACAGCCGAGCGAAAGAAAACUUGAUUUGUUGGAGCGAUUCAACAAACAACCGGAUACCUUUCAACACAUGGAAUUAGUACAGGAACUAGAGAAUAUCAAGUUAGAUUGAUUCUUCUAUAAAUGGUGGAAAUGUACAUUGGUGAGUGGAUGUUGGCUCUCCUCACGAAUAUCUCUGUGCAAGGCUCUUUUCUAUUAGGGAAAAUAAAUUUCUUGUCUGCUUGAAAGUUGAAACCCCACGAUGCUCAAUGUUGAGUCACAUGCGAGAUUGGGUAAGAUAUGAUUUUAUCGUAGCUUGUUCUGUUCGUGUCCAAAGAAGGAAUUAUGAUUCUAUAUCUCCUUCUUUGUUGGGAAGGCCACAUGUUUUUUUUCUCUUGUUUGUUUUCUUAACCACUAGCAACAUAUUAGCGUUUUCAAUUUGGAAACAAUCGUUCUUUUUUUAAUUUAUGCUACAGUUAUGGUAGAGGUCCAAAAGCACCGACGCAAAAUAAUUUUGGUAAGUCUAUUUAUUUAAUAUCAUAUUUCUAAAGAUCAGCUUUAAUACGUAAAUUGGCUAAGGAUUUAUGCCUAUCGCCUGUACUGAAUUUUGGUUAUUAGAUCAAUUGGGUUUAAUCAUUCUAAAAUUGCGCAUGAUCGUACCGCUUUGAAAUAAUGUCAUAAACAAUUUAAGAAAGUACUUGUUUUAAUUAUGAUUAACCUGUUAGACUUGGAUUUAACGUUUAUUAAUACGCUUAUUUCGAUAGAUUUAUUAUUAUCAACAUUAUGCGGGAUAUGUUAUCAAGCACGUUUUAUUUAAAAAAAAAAUUAGUUUUGAGUCCUAAUUUUUCAGUAAUCUUACGUCUGUAAAUUAACUAUGCUAGAUCAACCAGUUGAUUAACAACUUCAUUCAAUUAGGAAAUUUCCAACUUGGUGUUUUGACAGCAGUAGUACACACCUUUCUUUCUUGUGUUGCUCAACACACACCUUUCUGUAAAAGGAACGGCUUAAAUAGCCUAAGGGGGGAUUGAGAUGCUAGCUUAUUGGUUCGCUGUCCUUUCAUAAGUUUUUAGCGAAAAACACGAAAGGGGUAAAGCUUCGGACACCAUUUCUUCGGUGAAGCCUGUCGUUGGGACUAUAAAAGGAGAUGCCUUUGCGCUGAGAGUUGAUAACUCGAUAUAAAGAGUUUGCGCUAAACAGUUGCCUCCUUCAGCUCUGGACUACUCAUCAAGUAAAAUCGGCGAUACUUUUCUAACACAUUAUGAAGAUUCUGUUGGCGUGCCUUUUAUUGGCCAUUUCCUUGAUUUCUUCGUGUUCCUGUGCCUGCUCCUUUGAUCCGGAAACCGGAACUUCCACUUGUGAGACCUAUACGCAGUGGACGGAAGGCGUGGGCGGCGCAGUCUCCUGGGCGAAAGAUUGUGAUUUUACUGGACAUGACGUAGCGAAGAUUGAUGGUCCCGAGCAUAACUGCGGUAAACUUUGUUACGACUAUUCCGGAAGCAAAUGCACGCACUUUACUUGGAGCAAAGGCAUUUGUUACAUCAAGAGCAAUGCCAGGAAAAAGGCGGAAGAACCGAGCAAAAGUCCUGGAGACGUCUGUGGUUAUGUUGUAUCGCGCACUGACUUUGUACGAGUCGGCUAGUGAUAUGGGUAUGCUUUUGUGUUUGGUUUUUAUAAUGUAUCACUGGAUAGACAUCAAAUAUAAUAUGCCUUAAAUGGCAUUAGAUGCAUGCCCUAA